UCUCCCCCCAUUUCGAGGGAAGAGGUUAAUAAUAACCUCUUUCUCCUUCUUUAGCAAGCAUACAAUUGUUAAAAAAACAAUCUUUUUCUACCAAUGUACAUCCUUUUUCUUGAUAAAAAUACUAUUUUGAUUAUAUUAGCAUAAGGAGUUCUUCUGGAUAUUUGCCUGAUCUAUCUGGUUUUGGGGGUUAAUCUUUGUGAUUAUAGAACAAACAAUUUGCAGUUUCUUGAUUGGGAUUCUGAUUAUUGAUUCUUUAUCUUCAGAUCUGGGGGCCUGUAAAGAUAUUUACAGCAGAGAAAAGGAUCUUACUUUAUAGACAUUGGUGUGUAAUUUAUUAAGAUUAAAGGUGGGUUCUUGAGAGGUUCUCAAGAAUGGCUUUGAAGUUAUUAAUAUAACAAAGUGGGUGGAUAUCAUCAAUGCGGUUUAAUCUGGAUAGUUUGGAUGGAUGUGUAUGAAUCAGAGAUAGCAUUAAAGAAGAUUUCAACAGUGGAGGCAAAAAGAGCUCCAUUGAUUCAGGCUGAGAAGAACCAUGGAAAUACUCGCAGGCCAAGAACAAGAGAAGUUAGUUCUAGGUACAGGUCACCUACUCCAUCAGCUUCCUCUGGCCCUAGACGUUGUUCUUCUCCAAAUGUCACAAGAAUUGGAACUACUGCAUCAACACUUUCGUUACCUAAGAGAGCUAUAUCGGCUGAAAGGAAACGACCAACGACUCCUUCAUCACCUACCAGUCCAUCACCAUCGACACCUGUACAUGAUACAUCUGCAGAAGAAUUGUUGUCCAGAAAGAUGGCAGGCAAUAGGUUGCCAGAAUCUUUAUGGCCCUCAACAAUGAGGAGUCUGAGUGUUUCUUUUCAGUCUGAUUCGUUUUCUUUACCUGUUAGUAAGAGAGAAAAACCUGCUCCUCAUGCUCUAUGUGAUCGUACUUUGAGACCAUCAUCAAAUGUAGUGCAGAGACAGGAAACACCUCCAGGUUCUCGAAAGGCCACACCUGAGAGAAGGAGGAGUCCAUUGAAGGGAAAGAAUUCUUCUGAUCAAGCAGAGAAUUCUAGACCAGUUGAUAGUUUAAAUGCUAGAUUAGUCGAUCAGCAUCGAUGGCCAAGUAGAACGAAUAAGAAGGUACCUUCUGGUAUUAUGAACAGAAGUAUUGAUCUGAGUGAUAAUAAUAGCAAAAUUGCACCAAAUACUCGUCCAGUCACGCCUACCUUGAGGAGAUUAUCAUUGGAUGGUUACAGCAGACCAUUGCAAAAAUCUGCCAGUGAAUUGCUGUCAUUAAUAUCAGUAGAUGAUAAUUCACUUUCAAUGCAGAAGUCCAGACCUUCGACUUCAUUGGAUAGAACAGUAUCGACGAAUCCAGUAGCUAGAUCUCUGACUGUAUCAGCUCCUGGAUCACGUCUUCCUUCACCAAAUAAAGCAUCUGUUCUAUCAUCCUCUGCAUCUAGAGGAGUCGGUCCAUCUCGAACAAAAUCAGUCCCAAGUACGCCAUCUAGAGGGCCAAGUCCAUCUCGGAUAAGGCCAUCUAGUCCAUCUAGGCAACAACCCAAAACUGCUACUUCUGUCCUCAGCUUUAUUGCAGAUAUCAAAAAGGGGAAGAAGGCAGCUAACCACAUAGAAGAUGUUCAUCAGCUGAGGCUAUUGUAUAAUAGACAUCUCCAAUGGCGGUAUGCUAAUGCCAGGUCAGAUGCAGCAUUGCACACGCAGAAAGCUAAAACUGAGAAAACAUUGUACAAUGUCUGGAGAAAUACCUCAGACCUAUGGACUUCUGUUAUUAAAAAGAGAAUUGCGCUACAACAGGUUAAGCUGAGGUUGAAGCUUUUUGCUGUUCUGAAUGAACAGCUUACCUACCUUGAUGAGUGGGCUUCAAUUGAAGGGGAUCAUACCAGUUCAUUAUCCCAUGCUAUACAAGACCUACAAGCAUGCACUCUCCGUCUUCCAAUAACUGGACGAGCUAAGGGUGACAUUGAAAGUGUUAAGGAAGCUGUUUGCUCAGCUGUUGAUGUAAUGCAGGCAAUGGGAUCUUCCAUGCGUUUUAUAUUGUCUAGGGUGGAAGGGAUGAACAGCCUGGUUUCUGAACUUGCUGAUGUGGCAGCUCAAGAGCGAGCCAUGCUGGAUGAAUGUGAAGCCUUGUUGGCUUCAACAGCAGCUAUGCAGGUAGAAGAAUAUAGCAUUAGGUCUCAUCUAAUACAGUUGAAACAAGCUCGGAGAAGUGAUGAGCAGCUCAUACUUGGAAAUUAGAUAGUUUUACCAAAUGGCUUUUAGCUAGUGUGUAUAGUAAAUAGGUUUUUCCUUUUCAUUCUUUUUCUUCUUUUUUUUUUUCAUUAUUCUAAUUUAUCAUGGGAAAGUUGAAUUGUUUCAUUCUUUUUCUUCAUUACAUAUCUUGCAAAAAGUCUAUCCUAGUGUAACUUUUUGUGUUAUCAACAAGAAAAAAGAAAUGCAAAAGGAAGAAAAAAGGUUCAACAUUAAUUAUA